CGUGAGGGCAGCAUGGAGCCAUGGCAUGCCUCAGAUGCCAGGAGGACUAUGCAAGCGUGCUUCCCAGUGGUCAUGCCCGCCUGGCAGGAGGCCCUGGGUGACAGGGUGGCCCACAGGCAGCGCCGCUACAGGUCCCGUCUGAGCCAGUGCUGCCUUGUUCAAGGUCUGGACAGGCCACUGUCGCCUUUUGCACGGGCUGCCUGGUUCUGUGCGAGGGUCACCCUUUGUCAUUAUGCGAUGUCGUCUCUCGGCACCUCCUUUGUGCAGAUCAAAUUCGAUGACUUGCAGUUUUUUGAAAACUGCGGCGGAGGAAGUUUUGGGAGUGUCUACCGAGCCAAAUGGAUCUCCCAGGACAAGGAGGUGGCGGUGAAGAAGCUGCUGAAGAUCGAGAAGGAGGCAGAAAUCCUCAGUGUCCUCAGCCACAGAAACAUCAUCCAGUUUUACGGAGUAAUUCUCGAGCCUCCCAACUAUGGCAUCGUCACAGAAUAUGCUUCUCUGGGGUCUCUCUAUGAUUACAUCAACAGCAACAAAAGUGAAGAGAUGGACAUGGAUCACAUCAUGACCUGGGCCACUGAUGUAGCCAAAGGAAUGCACUAUUUACACAUGGAGGCACCGGUCAAGGUGAUUCACAGAGACCUCAAGUCAAGAAACGUUGUGAUAGCCGCUGAUGGAGUACUAAAGAUCUGUGAUUUCGGUGCCUCCCGGUUCCAUAACCAUACAACACACAUGUCCUUGGUUGGAACUUUCCCCUGGAUGGCUCCAGAAGUUAUCCAGAGUCUCCCCGUGUCGGAAACUUGUGACACAUAUUCUUAUGGUGUGGUUCUCUGGGAGAUGCUAACAAGGGAGGUCCCCUUUAAAGGUUUGGAAGGAUUACAAGUAGCUUGGCUUGUAGUGGAAAAAAACGAGAGAUUAACCAUUCCCAGCAGUUGCCCCAGAAGUUUUGCUGAACUGUUACACCAGUGUUGGGAAGCUGAUGCCAAGAAACGGCCGUCGUUCAAGCAGAUCAUUGCCAUCCUGGAGUCCAUGCGCAAUGACACGAGCCUUCCUGACCAGUGCAACUCGUUCCUGCACAACAAGGCAGAGUGGAGGUGCGAAAUUGAGGCCACCCUGGAGAGGCUAAAGAAACUCGAGCGCGACCUCAGCUUUAAGGAGCAGGAACUUAAAGAACGAGAGAGACGUUUGAAGAUGUGGGAGCAGAAGCUGACGGAGCAGUCCAACACCCCGCUUCUCUUGCCUCUUGCUGCUGCAAGAAUGUCUGAGGAGUCUUACUUUGAGUCUAAAACAGAGGAGUCAAACAGUGCAGAGAUGUCCUGUCAGAUCACGGCCGCGAGUAACGGGGAGGGCCACGGCGUGAGCCCCAGCCUGCAGGCCAUGAUGCUCAUGGGCUUUGGGGAUAUCUUCUCCAUGAACAGAGCAGGAGCCGUGCUGCACUCGGGGAUGCAGAUAAACAUGCAGGCCAAGCAGAACUCCUCCAAAACCACAUCCAAGAGGAGGGGGAAGAAGGUCCACAUGGCCCUGGGGUUCAGUGAUUUUGACCUGUCAGAAGGUGACGAUGACGGUGAUGACGGUGAGGAGGAUGGCCUGGACAACAAUAGCGAAUGAAAGCAGAAAGCCAAGUGAGAAAAUCGAGACUGUCCAGAGACACGAGCGAAAGAGCAAGAAACUCGCUAUCUCAGUCUGUGCAGACCCCAGUGGAGGAGGCAGAAAACCCAGCACGCAUGUCUAGGCCAACACACUUAAAUGACAGUCGUUUCUUUAUCAGUUUCACUUUUGAUUUCUUGGCUUACAGAAAAAACGGGGCCGGGGGUGGGGUGGGGGGAAUUAAACCAGAGCGGUAUUUAUGAAUCAGCAAGUCGGUGCCUGAUUAUAGAAACCUGUGGUCCUCUACACUGCUGUUUUUAAACUGGUGACACUCUGCCUUUGUCCUUUCCAAGGAGAAGGUCAGUGUUUGUCAUUGACUUGGUUUCCUCCAUCCGGUUGGUUGGGAAAGCUAACAUUUGGGGCAAGCGCUCUUCACCCCUCACUGUCCCUGACACCGGAUCCUUCCCUAGCGUGUCUGUCUUUUCUUACGGCAACGCUCCCUAAGGCGUCAGCAAUGGCUGCGUGGCUUUCAGAUCCAGCCACUAGGAAACAGAGCUGAGAGAAGGGCAGAGCAAAAUGUCAUCCCAGGAACAGCUAAACGGCAAGAGUUUCCUGUAGCCCCCAGCACAGCCUCACGUGUUCUCAGUAGCCCACAUGCAGAAGUGCUCUGAUUUGAAACCAACCAGCAGAUGCCGCAGGCUUUGCCAGCUGUCCCAGCCAUGGCAUCGGGGACUCGGCCUGUCCGUGACAGGGACAGGGACCCCAGCAGGCCUGUGAGUGCUGCGUCCACGCCUGCCCUGCUGUCUCAGCCGGGGCUGGGUGUGGCUGGUUGUCUUUUCCACAGGCACGUAACCAUACUGGAUUCUAAAUGUACAUGCAGGUAUUUAAAUAGGAAAAUAAGCGUUAUAAAAGGAAGAGCGAAGGCAAGGUGUCCUUCCUUGGGCAGAACUGCUGGCUGAAGGGUUCUCUCUUUGCCAAGGCUGGCCUGCCCAGAGCCCUGCUCAGAGUAGGGAGGCCCUGAGAGAAACCAGUCCCAGGGCCGCUCUGUAAACCUCGCUGCCCCUUGGUGCACAGGACGUUAGCACGUGGUCCUCAUCAGCACCUGCUUAAGCGAUCAAACACUGUUUAAAUCAAAUCACAGGGGCCGUUGCUGUGGCUCACUUGGUUAAUCCUAUGCCCUGCAGCACCAGCAUCCCAUAUGGGCACCGGGUUCUAGUCCCAGUUACUCCUCUUCCAGUCCAGCUCUCUGCUGUGGCCCAGGAAGGCAGUGGAGGAUGGCCUAGGUGCUUGGGCCCUGUACCUGCAUGGGAGACCAGGAGGAAGCACCUGGCUCCUGGCUUUGGAUCGGCAUAGCUCCGGCCGUAGCAGCCAUUUGGGGGGUGAACCAGAGGAAAAAGGAAGACCUUUCUGUCUCUCUCUCUCACUAACUCUGUCAAAUAAAUAAAUAAGUAAAUAAAAAUUAAAUCACAAACACCUGUAAGUUAACAAAGACAAAAGAACAAAGACUUUUCCAAUCUAAAUUCAUUCAUGUGUUAAACUAAAAUGCUUCUGGUGGUUCUUUGUUUUUUUAUAAAGAUUGAUUUUAUGUAUUUGAAAAGUGGUGUUAGAGAGAGAGAGAUCUUCCAUCUGCUGGUUCACUCCCCAAAUAGCCACAAUGGCUAGGGCUGGGGCAGUCUGAAGCCAGGAACCAGGAGCUUCUUCCUGAUCUCCUACGUGGGUGCAGGGGCCCAAGCACUUAGGCCACCUUCCACUGCUUUCCCAGACACAUUAUCAGGGAGCUGGAUUGGAAGUGGAGCAGCCAGGACUUGAACCAGUGCCCAUAUGUUGGUGGUUCUUUCUAUGGAAGUUUUAAGACAGGAUACCAUCACAGAUGUUACCUGACGCUGUCUCUAAGUAUAUUUGAUCUUAAAAAUGUGCAGAGUUGCUGACUCUCACCCCAUUGAGAACUGAGAAUUACAGCUGAGUGACCAGCGUGCUGCGCGAGCUUAUCUGGAGAGAGGUAAACGGGUAGCAUGCCUUGGCUGUGAGCUGUAGAGCAGUCUUCACAGCCUUGUGACACAGACAGGACCCAGAGUCUGAUCAUGGCUCCAAGCCCUGGGUCCGGGUGUUUCACAGCCCUGGGCUAAUUGUCGAGUCCACGUUAUGCUCAUCUUGAACAUGUGACAAAUGAAAACCUACUUCUAAAGACUGUUGCGAGUAUUACAGGCAGGGGCAUGUAUGAGGCACUUCAUACAGUACCAGGCCCAUGGUAAGUGACCAGUAGACACUAACUUAACGUCAUUAACUGUGCCAGUGAAAAGACUCUGAAAAAUAAGCAGUGUCAGUAAUCUCAAUAUCAGUUUCAAGUGAUACUUGCUUAAUAGCAUGAAAUGAAAUUUUAAAUGGCUAGCUUUAAGGACAGAUAAAGAGAACAUUCUUAGAACGUGAGCUGUACAAACACAUUUGUUCUGUUGCUCUUGCAAAGCCAAGAGCCCUGGCCAGACUCACCUGGUCGGAGGCGUCUGCAGGCCAGUGCAGGUGCACCUUUCUGCUGGAAGCUGGGCUCCGCACACCCCCGCUCUGCCAUGCUUUCCCUGUCUCUGCACAGCAGAUGCAGGCCCACGCCCCGCAGGCAGGCAGCCUGGCCGUGCACAGACACGGAGGAACGCUCCCUGACUCUAGCAGAAAAUCUUGGAGUGGAGCAGAGGCAGGACUUGCCACUGUUGGCUGCCCAGCCUGCCCUGGGGCAGGAGGGCCCAGCAGCCGGAAGGAGACAGCCAAAGGCCUGGGGUGUACACGCCUCUUGCACUUCUUCCUGGCAGAGGUAAAGUCAUUUGUUCAGCGGAUACAGACUGAGCCCCUUCUCUGUGCCAGGUACUGCUCUAGGGACUGGCGCAAUGAAAGUCUUGGCGCUCAUGGACCUCAUGUGCUAGUGAAUGGUGAGCCGCAGUCAACAAAUGUCUCAUUCAACAUGCUAGGGAGAGUUAAAAAUGGGGAAAAGAAACAACACAGCAAGGGGGUCAGGCCCGUGUGAUCAGGAAAGGCCUCACGGACGGGGAAGCGGAGAGCUGCGAUGGUGAGUGGUGUCCACGAGCUACGGGAUCUGUGCACUUGAUGUGAAAACGUAAACCUUGCCACUUGUGUCAGAGUAGUCAGCAACACAUUCGCAACAUAGAAGCCUGAUGAAACUGGGCAAGGCAUUUUUUUUAACUCUACAUAGAAAUCCAUCUGCUCAAAAACAGUUUUGGUACAUUAGUAAAACAUCCAAAUAGGCCAACAGGACCAAAAGAGAAAAGCAACAGAACUCUGCCUACAGCCAGAUUGACCGGUAGUUUAGGCAGGGUUUCCCUCGCCUUGUAACUGCUGCCGUCUUCCGGAGGGGCCGUAGCUCAGGACUCAACCUUGCAGCAGCUGUGAGCUCAGAUACAGCAGAAUGGGCCUCAGGGAGGAGCUUAGAACCGAGCUGUGGGUCCUGACUAUGUAACAUAGGCUAUUCUACCUUGUAGUGGUCUGAAAAUGUUAAAAAGGCCCUGACAUCUGAGUCAUCCAAACAAAACUUUAUACUGCUCUCUGUGUAUAAAGAUUACUUAGAAGACUUUAGACUGUUUUCCUAGUUUUUAAAAAAACAAUUGGCCGUAUGCAGAAUUCUAAAAAUGAUGCUGUUUGUACAGCUUCCGAUUCACUUCUUAUCUGUUUGAAAUGGCAAACUUCCAUUGUUGGGUUUAGUUCCCAUUCCCCGACUUACACAAAACUGUACCUGUAGUAAGAGAAGAGUUAAAGAGAAAUGGCAGAAAUUGAGAGAUUGCAGAAUAAGAAUUGAAACCUUAAAUUGUGGUCAUGCCUGGGGGCGUCGUACACCUGCCAUCCCUCUUCACUUGCAAGGUUGCCCCUGUGCAGGGUUUGAUAAAAACCAGUUCUCAGCCGGGUAGUUCUGUUACCAGGGUUUGGGAGGGCUGGGGCACAUUUUUUGGUUGUCACCAAGACUGGGGCAGCAUUUAGUGCCAAAAAUUGACAACUUCCUGCGUGCCAUGGACAGUCCCAACCCCGUCCACCACACCCGCAGCACCGUCCCUUCUCCGUGGGGAAAGAGUUCCACAACAUGGCUCAAGUCAGAAGCUGGGUUUUCUUUAGAACUGCCACAAUACCCAUUGUGAAUUUUGUGCCGCUGUGGCUUUGUCUUAUAUCACCACUUACAGAAGUGGUUUCUUUCCCCCUGAAAAACGCUGGAGGAAGUGUCAUGAAACAGGGGAGACUCCUGCUAACUUCACAACAAAUACAAAAUAAGAAAACUCACUGAGGUCACUACAGUUCUGCAAAGUAGCAAGAGGACCUUCAAAGGCUCCUCUUUCCCAACAGUCAUGUUUUUAAAGCAGAAUCACAGUUUACCAGUGGGGAGAGCUUGUUCCUGAGGGCUGUUGGUGGCAGUUUGCAGCUGAGGUAUUCACACUUGAUGAGAGCUUCGGAGGUGAGGAAGGGGGUGGGGGAGAUCCAGGAAGACCCCUCAUCACCGGCCUCUGCCCGUCCCUUUGUGUCUCAGACUUGUCACUGGAGUGGUAAGCGCUUUGUCAAAGAGAACUUGGGAACUUGGGUUCUGAGUUAACUAUUCGUGCUCUCUUUGGAUUUUUGUUCGACUAGGCUUUCCAAACUAGCAGUCUCACCAUACCAAAUACAUGACAGAGCGUACUUUCUAUAAUCAGGCACCUUUUGCUGCUUGGGAGUAAGACUAUUUUCCUUUUCGACUUUAAGCACCGCCAGGGAGAGGCAUCUGCUGUAUCUUUUUGAUUGUAGCAUAGUCGGCUAGCUGUCGAUGCAGCAUCUCUGCGACGGGAAGUGAGUCCCGGGCUCUCUGGGCCUCCAGCCCGGCUGCCGCACACUCCCAGCCUCCUUUGCACUCUGUUGCCCAAGAGGAGCUUUCUGGCGUGUGGUUAUUUACUCCAAAACCAGAGUUUCAAGCGCCUACAUGAGUUAUUUUAUAUUGUGUGCAGAAUAGUUUUAUCUUUUAUUGUCAGAUAGGAUACACUGCACAAACCGCUUUUGCACUCUUAAAAAUUUUGUAUUAAAUAAUAGGAAAUAUUUAUAUCUUUUGAGUGUGAGCUUUGACUAGAUGGCAUUAUCACUUUAUUUUCUGUGUGCGCGCGUGCGUGUGUUUUAACAAAAGCUUGUUCUCAGUUACUCGAUUGCAAUGUUAUUCUGAGCAAGUCCUAGGCCACAUAUCCUGUAUCGUGUUUGUAUGGAAGAUUUAAGCUUUACUCUUAGGCGCUAAGACCGUUGAGUUACUGACUUCAUGGCUGGAAGUUGCUAAUUCCAGCACCAAGGCCACAAUGUAUUCAGAGAUCCAAGUCGGUGUCAUACAUUUCGUUUUGAUGUGAACUUCGCUUUGCUCUCCUUUGUUCUAAGACUCCAUUUUGCAAUAAACGUUUUGACAGUAAA